CUGCAAUUUCGCACUUCACAUGCCAAUGAGAAUGCGCCUGACAUUUUUCGUGUGUGAGUGAAGUUACCUCAGUUGGGCAGGAACCACGGAACGGACACGGUAUGUGGUAAUAAAGAGAGGGCAGCGAAUUCCUCCAGACGAUUUCAGCAUCACAUCUUAAUAUUACAUCCGGAGAAUGAACCACGUUUGGUAGAGAGAGCGACAACCACCACAAGCUGGAGAUACACUAGGUUUUUUUUUGAUCCACGCGAGGCCAUUGGAUCCAGGUAAUUGUGACAAGAUGGCCCAACGCAACACUGUUGCCGCCGGCGAAGACGACGAAUUUGCCCUCCUAUCCCACCAAUGGAGCCAGAUCACAUCCGGGCUCCGCGCGUUGUUGAGGGAGACGAAGAAGGGGGUUGUUUACCUGUUGACGUCUAGGACUGUUCAGAGGAGUUUGAUAUGGUCGAUUUUGCUACUCACCGCGGCUGUCAUACUAUAUCUUGUUGCUGCGGUGGUCUACGUGGCCUCUUACUAUGUUUACCUGCCCAAACAGGUGCAUGAGCAGGAGGUUUAUCUGCAUUAUGGAUACGGCCAAAACCCGGUCGCGUUAACAAGCCUGAAGCUCCUCCCUGACCAACCGUACGAUAUAUCGGUUUCGUUGACGCUGCCUCUGACGCCGGAGAAUACAAAGAGGGGGAAUUUCAUGGUGCUGAUCCACUUGCUGGAUACGGACCUGACGGAGCACACACCUGCUGGGGGGGCGGGGAUGUAUAAUCCUGUUGUGUUGAUGGAUAAGACGACCGGGCAGACGGAUUUGGUGACGAGUCUCAGUUUGGGGCCGUUGAUGAAGUCCUCGACGGUGUUAUUGACAAGUGCGAGGCCGGCAAUUAUUCCUUAUACUGAUCCGUUGGUUUCGUUGGCGAAGAGGAUAUUGUUUUUGCCGUAUCACGUGUUGUUUACGCAACGGGCGGAUGCUACGAUGUUGGAGGUGAAGAUGGUGGAGGGGGUGGCUUUUGGGAGUGGGAGGGGUGACUCUUGGUUGAGAAAGGGGCAGGGACAGGGGGAGAAGAUGCCAAGGAGUAUGGUGGUGGAGGUGCAGGCUGGGCAGGGAUUGGGGGUAUAUGAAUGCCGGGUCGAAAUUGUGGCCAGGUUGAGGGGAUUGAGGUGGGUGAUGUAUGAAUGGCGUAUCCUGUCGUUUUUUGGAAUCACGGGGCUGUUUUGGGCGGUGGAGAUGGGGUGUUUGGCGUUGGGGAUUCUGCUUCUCGGGGGUAUUCGUGGUAGCGAUCAACAAAAGCAGAUUGAAGACUGGGAACCGAGACAGGAACCGACGCUGGAACGGAGUCUGAUUAAGGAGGAAGAUGAGAUGUCGGAUACGGAAAGAACAUUUCCUACUGGGACGGGAGAACCGCCGUUGAGGUAUGAGAGUUCGUCGGCGCUGGAGGGGAAGAUUAAGAAGGAGGAAGGCGACGAGGGAUUGGACCUCUUAAUGACCAAAUUGCCAGAUUUUGGUGAACAGGGGGAUGAUGAGGAGGAUGGGGAGGGGAGCGAUUGGAAGGACUCGGGCAUUGGGACGAGUACGAAUUAUAGUGAUGCUGCAAAAGGGGAGGCAGGGCCGAGGAGGAGAAGGGUGAGUAAGUCAUAAUGGGGGCUUAUCAUUUUCAUUUAUGGAAGAUUAGGGGAGGUUGGAGCUUUGCGGUCAGACCUAUACACAGCCAUACGAAGUAUAGCGAUACUCUUCACAUAGCGAUAUGAUCGGCCAAACGGUGGUUCAAUAUGUGGCCAGAGCGAUAUUUUGGGCAUUCAGAGAGUCGUUAGUUUUUAGUGCCAAGCCCCCAUAAUGAUUUAUCUUGGUUUAAUUGAAGAGGUUAGGAACCAGGUGGCCUGCCGGAGUGUCUGCCGCUUAUUUAUACACUGGGAUACUAAAUGGCAAACGAAACGAUACCCA